CAGACCAGGAGCACUCAGUUCUGGACACGCCUGGUGUGAUCUUCCUUACUGCCGCAGUUGCCCAGUAACUCUGGCUGGACCACGCAUCCCUGGGCUACCCCUGGAACAUGGCAGACGAAGACCUUAUCUUCCGCCUGGAAGGCGUCGGUGGCGGCCGGACCUCCCAAGUGGGCCGAGAUGGAGACUCUGAUUUGGACAGCGAUGAUGAGGAUGGUUACUUCAUCUGCCCCAUCACUGAGGAUCCCAGGUCCAACCAGAAUGCCAACUCUAAGGUUGAUAACUUCUACAGCCUAAGGAAAAGCGAGCAGAAUGGUUCCUGCGAGUCCCCGGCCAGCUCCUUCCACUUCAAGGAAACCUGGAAGCAUGCGAUCGAGAAGGCCAAGCACAUGCCUGACCCCUGGGCUGAGUUCCACCUUGAGGAUAUUGCCACAGAACGAGCAUCCAGGCACAGAUACAAUGCUGUCACCGGGGAGUGGCUGGAAGAUGAAGUUCUAAUCAAGAUGGCGUCUCAGCCCUUCGGUCGUGGAGCCAUGAGAGAGUGCUUCAGGACAAAGAAGCUCUCCAACUUCCUGCAUGCCCAGCAGUGGAAGGGAGCCUCUAACUACGUGGCCAAGCGCUACAUCCAGCCUGUGGACCGGGAUGUGUACUUUGAGGACGUGCGUCUGCAGAUGGAAGCCAAGCUUUGGGGGGAAGAAUAUAAUCGGCAUAAGCCCCCCAAACAGGUGGACAUCAUGCAGAUGUGCAUUGUGGAGCUGAAGGAAAGGCCAGGCCAGCCCCUUUUCCACCUAGAGCACUACAUCGAGGGCAAGUACAUCAAAUACAAUUCCAACUCAGGCUUUGUCCGUGAUGACAACAUCCGUCUGACACCGCAGGCCUUCAGCCACUUCACCUUUGAACGUUCUGGCCAUCAGCUGAUUGUUGUGGACAUCCAGGGUGUGGGUGACCUCUAUACUGACCCCCAGAUCCACACUGAGAUGGGCACUGACUUCGGAGACGGCAACCUUGGUGUUCGAGGGAUGGCUCUUUUCUUCAGCUCUCAUGCCUGCAACCGGAUUUGUAAGAGCAUGGGCCUUACUCCUUUUGACCUCUCACCACAGGAACAGGAUGCAGUAAAUCAGAACACCAAGCUGCUGCAAUCAGCCAAAACCAUCUUGAGAGGUACAGAGGAAAAGUGUGGGAGCCCCCGAGUAAGGACUCUCUCUAGCAGCCGGCCCCCCUUGCUCCCUCGCCUUUCAGAGAACUCUGGGGAUGACAACAUGAGUGACGUGACCUUCGACUCUCUCCCUUCCUCCCCGUCUUCUGCCACACCAAGUCAGAAACUGGAUCACCUCCACUGGCCAGUGUUUGGUGACCUUGAUAACAUGGUGCACAGAGAUCCUGACCAUUUGGACAACCACCGGGACUCUGAGAACAGUGGGGACAGUGGAUACCCCAGUGAGAAACGGGGUGAGCUAGAUGAUCUGGACCCCCGAGAACAUGGCCACUCAAAUGGCAACCGGAGGUUGGAAUCUGAUGAAGACAGCCUGGGCAGUUCAGGACGGGUCUGUGUGGAGACAUGGAACCUCCUCAAUCCCUCCCGCUGCCACCUGCCUAGGCCUUCAGCCGUGGCCCUGGAAAUACAACGCCUUAACGCUCUGGAACUUGACAAGAAAAUUGGAAAGUCUGUUUUGGGGAAGGUCCAUCUGGCCAUGGUGCGCUACCACGAGGGCGGGCGUUUCUGUGAAAAGGACGAGGAGUGGGACCAAGAGUCAGCAGUCUUCCAUCUGGAGCAUGCAGCCGACCUGGGUGAGCUGGAGGCCAUCGUGGCCCUGGGACUCAUGUACUUGCAGCUGCCCCACCACGUUCUGGCAGAUGUGUCUCUGAAGGAGACAGAAGAAAAUAAAAUCAAAGGAUUUGAUUACUUACUGAAGGCUGCUGAAGCUGGUGACAGACAGUCCAUGAUCAUAGUGGCACGAGCUUUUGACACUGGCCAGAAUCUCAGCCCAGACAGGUGCCGAGACUGGCCCGAGGCUCUGCACUGGUACAGCACUGCCCUGGAGACGACAGACUGCGAUGAGGGCGGGGAGUAUGAUGGGAUGCAGCACGAGCCCCGGUACGCGCUGCUGGCCAGGGAGGCUGAGAUGCUGUACUGUGGCGGCUUCCAGCUGGAGAAGGACAUGCAGAGGUCAGGGGACUUGUACACUCAGGCGGCUGAGGCAGCAAUGGAAGCCAUGAAGGGCCGGCUAGCCAACCAGUACUAUGAGAAGGCAGAAGAAGCCUGGGCUCAGAUGGAGGAGUAACUUGCCAGGAAAAGUCACUGCCAGCUAGUUCUA